CAGAAGAGUCGACUCCUUAAAAAACUUUCGUCGGCCGUUGCAACCAUGGUAAAAGCUGUGCGCGAUGGCAUGGUUGUGCCGGGGCUUCUUAAUCCUAUUACACAGCUGGCGUUCUCCGAAGAUGCCUCAAAUAGGUCUAAAAAGCAGGAAUUUUCCACCGCAGCCGCCGAAUUCCUACAGCUUUUGACUGAGUUUUCGAAUCAUCGCAAUUUCGCCUGCAUUUACUCUCUCCUCUACGCAAUUGAAGAGGACAUUAACAAUAUACGCGAAAUGGCGCCUUCCGAUGUUAUAGAUCCCAACGUUCUGGAGUACGUUCGUGGACUCUAUUCAGACCUAACCUUAGAUAUCAAAGCACAACAGGCAAACGCUGUUCGCACCGAGAAGGUUCCACCGCCCGUCUCCGCGCUGCUUAACCCCCAACCAGAGGAAGAGCCACAGGCUGGUUCCUCAAGGUCUAGCGCCUUCUGCACCGUGAAAGCUGUGAUGCCGGAUACCGCUGACGAUCUCAUUCAGACGUUAUGUAAUCCUCCAGCCUUGAGUUCCAAGAACUACAGGUUACUGUGA